AGAGGGAGACAGAGAAUCCGAAGCAGGCUUGAAGCUGUCAGCACAGAGCCCAAUGCAGGGCCCGAACCCACGAACAGUGAUCUCAUGACCUGAGCUAAAGUCAGACACUUAUCCAACUGAGCCACUCAGGAACCCCCAGGAGUCCAUGCUUCUUAGUUACUGCACUUUGUUUCUGUCUUACCUCUCACCUGAAUCCUGUUCUUGUCCCUAAUGCCCACUCAUUGUUUUAUGUAUUCAGUCAGUAAAUGUUUUUUAGGCAAUUGGAUCGUGUGAUGCACCAUUUUAGGCCCUUGGAAUACAGCGAUGAACAGAGUAGACAAAUUCCCUGAUGUUGGCUGAGUGCCUGCUGUGCCCCAGGGGUCCUUUCCUUCUGCCUGCUUCUCUGAUCUCAGCCCAUCACCGUGAAGAAAAUAUUUGGAAGCUUUGUGAAUACAUCAAAAACCAUGACCAGUAUCCUUUAGAAGAGUGCUACGCUGUCUUCAUAUCUAAUGAGAGGAAGAUGAUACCUAUCUGGAAACAACAAGCAAGACCUGGAGAUGGACCUGUGAUCUGGGAUUACCAUGUUGUCCUGCUUCAUGUCUCAAGUGGUGGACAGAGCUUCAUUUAUGAUCUUGACACUGUCCUGCCAUUUCCCUGUCCUUUUGACACUUAUGUGGAAGAUGCAUUUAAGUCUGAUGAGGACAUCCAUCCACAGUUUAGAAGGAAAUUUCGAGUGAUCCGUGCAGAUUCGUAUUUGAAGAACUUUGCUUCUGACCGAUCUCACAUGAAAGAUUCCAGUGGGAACUGGAGAGAACCUCCUCCAUCAUAUCCCUGCAUCGAAACUGGAGAUUCCAAAAUGAACCUGAAUGAUUUUAUCAGCAUGGAUCCUGAGGUAGGAUGGGGAGCUGUCUACUCCCUGUCUGAAUUUGUACAUCGGUUUGGCAGUCAGAACUACUGAAAGGGACAUCUGGAUGUAAACUAUGGAGAAAUUCUAGGACAUGAACAGUCCAGUCCAUCUCUUCAUUUGGGACAGCAAACACUAUGGUACAUUUGGCUUGGAAUUAUAUUUUCUUCUUUUAAUUCAGUUGAGUUGAAACAUGAAUGAACAAAAAAAUUAAUAAAAAUAAUUUUUUUGAGGGGUGCCUGGGUGGCUCAGUUGGUUAAGCUUCUGACUUUGGCUUAGGUCGUGAUCUCAUGGUUCGUGAGUUUGAGCCCCGCGUCGGGCUCUGUGCUGACAGCUCAGACCCUGGAGCCUGCUUUGGAUUCUGUGUCUCCCUCUCUCUCUCUGCCUCCCCUCCCCCACUCAUGCUUUUUCUCUCUCUCUCUCUCUUUCUCUCUCUCUCUCAAAAAUAAAUAAACAUUAAAAAAACUUUUAAAAAUAAUAAUUUUUUUGAUAUGUCAGAUUGCAACUUGAUGCAGUGUCUAUUUGCUAAGAAAUUCCAAUGCUCAUUUGUUAAAACAUGUGACGACUCAUGCCAGUCAUUCCUUCUGUUAUGAUAUAGAUGCGUGUAUUUCAUGUCUGUUUCGGAUGUUUCCUUCCUCUCCCAUUGCCCUGUCAGCUCCUUGAGGGCAGGGCGGUGGCUCAUUGCUCUAUGAACCUCUAAUGCCCCCAGCAGGUGCCCAUAAAAUGUUUGCUGGUGAUUGUGCUGCUGCUUGAAGAGGGCUGAUACUGUGAGCUGAAUCAGCAAUAAGUAUUAGUCUUUUUGGACUACGAUGUUCUUCAGAAAAGACUGCAGCCCUCUCAGGCUUGAGUGUUACUUGGCCUAUUUAUACAUGUUUUUAAAUAAAAUUGAUUUAAAAGUAAUUUUGUUUUGAAGAUUUUGUGUUGAUGAUCUGAGAUAACCAAGAGUGUCUCACUUGUAGAUGGGGACCAUUGCUUUAAAAUACAUGCAUCAAUCUCCCUUCUUGAAGAUGUUUUGGAAAUUUGGCUUUCAUCGUAUAAUUCCACAUAAAAGAUGUUUGGCAUUAAACUGGCAUGGCA